CCUCAAUUCAUACACCGAGCUUACCGAGUGCGGGGCCUCGCAUAAUAUCGUACAAAAUUGUCCUCCGCGCUCCCCACGCAGCAACGGAGCUUUAAAGUCGGGAACGGAGAUUUCCCCGUCCCCUACGAGAAAAACCUGCAAUAAGGACGCUAUCGCGCGGGACUGGGUCAGGUUAGGUUUACUCGCGCAUUAACGGCUGCCACCAACGGUUUUCACUGUCUCUCUCUCUCUCUCCCCCCUCCCUCUCCCCCUCUCGCGAUACGUCACGCCGGCAAGUGGCGGAAUCUCGAUCGAGAUCCCCCGUCGAGAUCGAUCGCGCGUAGACGAGGAUCGCGAAGUGUCAAACGAAGACGGGGUGAAGUUGGUCGCGGGCCGCGAGAUUUUGACAGCUGUUUGACAGAUUCGAUGUACUUGAUCAAUAUAAUAAAAGGUGCGACCAUAAAGUUGAUAUAAAGAAUUCUGUAUAAAUAACUAUGACAUGUCAGAGGAUACUUUCUACCCUGCUGCGUCACAAAAAGAUCCUAAGAGGAAUCACCACUUUAAUGCGCCAAAAUCCUCGUUAUGUUCUGAGUUACACCUACCUAGAAUACCUGUAUCGUAGAUUGCAAAGGAUGUCUCAACAAAAUUUUCGUUGGAUUACGUUAUCAGAUGUGGCUCUUAAACGCAUGAUAAAUAAUCUGGAAGAUACGCAAGAUGAAUACAUCGAUUUAGAUUCCUGUGCAUUAGCAAAUAUAGGAUUUUCGAAGGAAUCGCCAAGUUCCUGGUUUCACGUCUGCUCGAUGACUUCGUUGAGGAGAUACAAAUUAAUGAUAGCAUUCACGUCCGAUAUUGAUGAAAGUACUAUUCUAAUUUCUGAAACGAUGCGACACAAUUUGCAAAACGUCCUUUGCUCCGAAAAGUUGGACGAAUCAUGUUUUAUACUGCCAUUGGAGAAUGACGUGGUCGAAUUCGCGAGCGAGGCGAGGAUAUCCUUAAUCGGCAAUCCGUACGAUUGCGCCGUCGAAAUGGUGGAUGCGAUGCUGGCGAAUUAUUUUUCGCGGCCUCGAUAUUUAUGUGUAAACGACGUAUUUAGGAUGGACGCCUGGGAAUACGCUCAGGAUCGAUUUUACUCCUCCGGAUCGCCGACCACUUGCACGAUGUAUUUCACAGUUAAGUCCUUGAAAGUGGACAGCGAUAGCGUUAACAGCUGUUACGUCGUGCGUGGAGAGUCGACGCUGAUCCAGGAACCGCGGAUUCACAAUUACAUACCUCGGAAGUAUUUCUUUACUUCUCCCAAAGACUCAAGAAGCAUCGGAUAUCCGUCACCUUGGACGGAACCCUUAGAACAUUUAGUAUCCUGUAUCACGCCGUUCCUGAAGAAGGGUGUCCAAAUAGAUGUAAGGCCGGUGUUUCUCAUGAAAGGACCCCGGGGCUGCGGCAAACGCGAAUUGGUUCGAAUCGCAUCCGGAAAAAUGGGCUUGAAUUUCGUCGGUGUCGACUUCGCGGAGGUGCAAACCUUAACGGCGGCGCAAACUGAAGCUAAACUUCGCAUAACGCUGCAUAGUGCUCAGCAAUGCAUACCGUGCAUUUUGUAUCUGAGUAAUAUUCAAAAAUUUGGCAAGACCGCGGAGGGCCAAAAGGACGAGAGGACCAUAUCCGCUUUUUCGACGGAAAUCGCCGCACUGUAUCCUGACAAACGUCGAAGAUUUUCUCUGAUCAUCGUAGCAGCCUCGGACGAGAGCGAUUUGCCUCCGGAACUGCAACGAAUAUUCAUCGAGACCAUUCAUGUCAAGCAUUUGAAUCAGGACAAGCGGGCGGAACUGUUAUCCUGGUUGCUGGCCGACAGGGAUUUAACAACCACCGCAGAUCUAUCGAAGGUCGCUGGUCUUUGCUCGGAUUUCAGAUUCGCGGAUUUGGCGGCUUUGACGUUGCACGCGGCUAAAUUUCGACAUAAAUCAUGGAAUCAAUCGUGCGAUGCUAACAUUUUGACGCAGGCAGACUUCGAUCGAGCUUACGAAUACAUGCAAUCCGUGUAUUCCGAUAAUAAAGGCGUUCCACGCGUACCAGAGGUUCGCUGGGACGACAUAGGCGGUUUGGCGGACUUGAAGCGCGAAAUUAUUCGCAGAAUCCAAUUGCCACUGUUGAAUGCCUUCGGAUUCGGGCAGUCCGGGUUGCUCUUGUACGGUCCUCCCGGCACCGGCAAGACUCUCCUCGCCAAGGCGGUAGCGACGGAGUAUCAGCUGCACUUUCUCUCCAUCAAGGGUCCGGAGGUGUUGAACAUGUAUGUCGGUCAGAGCGAGAAGAACGUGAGACAAAUUUUCGAGCGAGCGCGUUGUGGCCCCUGCAUCGUCUUCUUCGACGAGCUGGACUCCCUGGCGCCGAAUCGCGGUAGGAGCGGCGACAGCGGCGGCGUGAUGGACCGGGUGGUCUCUCAGCUGCUCGCCGAGAUGGACGGCCUCGAGGAGUCCGGCGGGAUAUUCAUCAUAGGGGCCACCAACAGGCCGGAUCUCAUAGAUCCCGCGCUACUGCGACCCGGGAGAUUCGAUAAGAUGCUCUACGUCGGCAUUCAUUCCGAUCGCGCGUCCAAGCUCGGCGUUUUGCAGGCGCAGACGCGGAAGUUCGAGCUAUUGGAGGACGGACGGGAGUUGCUGGAACAGGUGGUGGACCGACUUCCCGACCACGUCACCGGGGCGGACCUGUACUCCGUCUCCUCCAACGCGUGGCUCAACGCCGUACGCGAUGUCCUCGCCAGGCAUCAAGCGAAGAAGAGACUCGACAAGGAUCUCGGCGUCAAGGACAGCGUUGUCGUAGAACUGCGACACUUUCUGGACGCUAUUCGCGGCCUGGUGCCCUCUGUCAGCGAAGAAGAGAUGGAUAGAUACAACAGAAUGCGGACGGAGCUGUCAUCGAUGUAAUUCUAGGGCAAAUGACGUCACUCUGACGUCUAAUGACGUCAUUCGACGUCAAAAUGAUAUAUGCUUGUCACCUGGGAUAUUUAAAUCAGUCCAGGUAAUAAGCUUACGUCAUAGAAGAUUCCAAGUAGCAAACUGACGUCAUUAAACGGCAAAUGACGUCACUUUGACGUCUAAUGAGGUCAUUCGGCGUCAAAAUGAUAUAUGCUUGCCACCUGGGAUGUUUAAAUCAGUCCAGGUAAUAAGCUUACGUCAUUAGACGUCGAACUGACGUUAUUGACGUCUAAUGACGUCAGUUUGCUACUUGGGAAGGAUCUUAAAAUAGCUAUGAGUCGCUUUUGAUGAAUAAUAUCAUGAAUUCGCGAUGAUAGAUAUAUUCCUGUUUUGAUAAUAAGGGAUUCCUUAUCUGGUGCCAAAGUUAAUCAUAAGUCGAUUCUAGUUAGAUGCUAAUCAAUCGAUAUUUCUCGAUUUUUUAAUGGACAGAGGUGGACCAAGCGCAAUAAAAUAAGAGGUGCGCGAGAUAAUUAUAAACGACAUGUUAUUUUAUUUCGAGAAGUAUGUAAAAUAAUUUGUACAGCGAAUAAUUAAAAUGAAGGAGGAGUCUCUCUACAUUCUUCGUGUAGUCAGUUUCGGUUCAUUCGUCUCGAUUUAUAUUACUAUGCGCUUAUCAUUAUUGCAUACCAAUUAUACACACCGUCCAGUCUCGGGGACACCUACGAGGAAGGUGUCCACGAACACUCUCUCUUUCUCCUGACCGUUAUACAGUACACAGUGACCAGAAUAUACAAUGUAGAAAAAUAGGACAGCUAAAUUCGUCGAACGCGCGGAUCGCGAGUCCGAAUUCGUGUGUGAAGGGUGCUGAAAAAGUCUCUUCCAGGAGUGGCGGGGUUUGACGCUUUUUAGGUGCAUAAAAUAGGAAUAGCGAAUAAAAUCUCUCGGACGUGUAUCUCGGAUAUCUCUAUUAUAUCUCUAUUUCGGAUUCUCCCUCGAAACACUAAUAUAUAGUCGCUUCGCUUCGAAUCUGCUCUAAAGGAUAAACUGAGUGAUCCGUUUUUUUUUUUUUUUUUUUUUUCUCGCUGCGUUCCGUCAACGCAUAUAAUAUCUUUCUCCCUUUCGCAGAAAGGGAAGGAAAGAAAUUAAACGGGAGAAUGAGAAAUUUCUAAAUAUCAUAUCUAAGUGUAUUAAUUAUGUUACACGAUGAUUCGCCCGCGUCUCCUUCAUGUAUGUACACGUGUUUCAAACGCCUAUCGAGCCUUCUGUCGAUGAACUUGUAAGCUUUUCUUCACUCGAAAUAAAAUACAAAGAGCUUUUGUACUCGAAAAACCUAAAAUAUAACGGGAAAAAAUCCCAAGUAGCAAAAUAAUGUCAAAAUGGCGUCAAUUUGCUACUUAGGAUAUUAUUAAAGGAUAUUAAUCAAUUAGAUAGAUCAAUCAAAGAAUUGUAAGGACAUUCCAUUUUUUCGUUACAAUUUAUCUUUUAAUAAUAUCUUAAAUAGCAAAUUAACAUCAUUGAACGUCAAAAUGACGUAUGCUUGCUACCUGGAAUGCUUGAUGGUAAAUCCAUGUAUUUAUGAAAGAAUGGAAAAAUUGCAUUGACAGAAGGUUCAAAGAGCGAGUGAAACAUACCAUUCGGACGAUCACGGAUCAUGUAUACCUUUGGUAUAAUCGCGAGGUAGUAAUCAGCUUCCAGAUCUGCCCGUCCUUUCGCAGGACAAAACGGUUCGGUGCAUUGUUGAGCAUCUAAGGACAUAAAUUAAUGUAAAGCACGUUGCUACGCGUUUCGUUAUGUAUAUGUACGUGUCCGAUAAACGUGUAUAUCCUACUUUCGACGAACGUUUCUUCGUCAUUCGACCGAAGGAUCAUUUUGUUAUUAUUUUUGCUUGUAGUCUAUCAGUUUACAAUCAUGCACGACGUGAUGAACGCUUCAUUUGCACACCUUGCACCGGAAGUAGCCCUUGUGAAGCUUUUGAUAUUCGUGCGCGACGACUUUAUCCUCUCUUCUAUACGCCGAUACUUAGCAUAAGCGAUGUAUAAAGCCGUGUAUUUGCGAACAUAAGUAUCACAUUCGAUAAAAAUAGGCUGAUCUCUGACCGGUCGUCACAUUUAAAAAAAAAUGUUGCGCGGAGACUUCAGACUCUAGAAGGUGUCGGCAGAUCUCUACGAAGGUGCAAUUGGUAUCUAACUAGGCUACAUCGUGUGUCUCAUCACAAAGUCUCUCCGAGAAAUUAUAGGAGUAAAUCAACAA